CUUCCAAAAGCUGGUUCUCGGCGAUUAGUUCAAGUGAAGUUUUCGUUCGAGUCAGUUCUUUCGAGGAGAACUGAACACAGGAAAUUGAUAUUUCAAUAUAAAGUACUGCUGACUUACGUUGGGAGUUGAGUUGGUGGAAGAAGGAUUUUUCAACAAAAGAGGAGAAAAUGGACGAGAAAAAAUCCUCUGGAAUCAGCAACCCUGCUUUUGAGAAAGACGAAGCUGGCGGCGAUGCACCUGCCAAACAAAAUGGCGCCGCAACGGUCUCGAAAUACAGCAAUCUCCCGGAGGCGGAGAAAAAGACCCUAAAAUUCAAGAUCCUGAAGAAUAUUGUCAUCAUUUCCAUCGCUUUUGUCUUCCUUUUCACCAGUUACAACUCGAUGGCCAACCUCCAGUCUUCCAUUAACGAUGUCGACGGCACGGCCUCCCUCUCCACCCUGUACGCAGCCCUCGUCAUCUCCUGUUGCUUCGUACCUUCUUGGCUCAUCAAGAAACUGAAGACCAAAUACACGAUGGCCCUUUGUAUGUUGGGCUACUCGACCUACAUAGCCUCCCAGUUCUACCCGGAGAUCUACACGCUCGUGCCCACGGCUAUCAUCCUGGGUAUGGGAGCCGCGCCCAUGUGGUCUGCUAAGUGCACGUAUCUGACGAAGGUCGGAGCAAUCUACGGCGAACUCGUGGGUGAAGACAGCGAGGUGAUCAUAACUCGUUUCUUUGGGAUUUUCUUCCUGUUCUUCCAGUCGACGCAGGUGUGGGGGAACCUCAUCUCUUCCUCAGUCCUGUCCGUGGGCGUGGGCGAGACGAACCGCACUGAGGAGGACCUAGCAGUGUGCGGCAUCAACUUCUGUCCUUGGGAUCAGACGAACACGACCACCAGCGACGGCGGCGAAAAAGACGAAGAGGAAAUCCCGAAGUGGCAGAUCUACACCAUGGCCACGAUUUACCUGUGUUUCUCCCUCUUCGCCUCCGUCAUUAUCCUGCUUUUUGUAGAUCCGCUGAAAAGUUUCGGCGAAGAUGAGGAGAACAAUGCAAAUUCGGGCAAAACGGGCGUGCAGCUCCUCGUGGCUUCCUUCAACCACAUGCGCCAUCCGUACCAAUUGCUGAUCAUUCCCCUCACCAUCUGGUCGGGUGUCGAACAGGCCUUCAUCGGCGCUGACUACACUGCUGCCUACGUCUCCUGCGGCCUGGGUGUCCACAUGGUCGGCUACGUCAUGAUCUGCUUCGGGGUUUGCGACGCUAUCUGCUCCGUGAGCUUCAGUCCGCUCGUCAAGAUCUUCGGGCGUAUCCCUGUCUUCACCAUGGGCUUCGUCAUCAACCUGGGUAUUAUUAUCACGUUGAUUCACUGGAUGCCGACGCCGGAUGACCUGCCCAUUUUCUUCGUCAUUUCCGGACUGUGGGGCGUGUCCGAUGCCGUGUGGCAGACCCAGAUCAAUGCUCUCUACGGCGUGAUCUUCCCCGGCGAGUCCGAGGCAGCCUUCAGCAACUACCGGCUGUGGGAGAGCAUGGGCUUCAUCAUCGCCUACGCCUGCAGCACCCUCAUUUGCAUAGAGGCCAAGAUCACGAUUCUCCUGGUCUUUAUCUCCCUCGGCGCCGUCGGGUACUAUGCCAUCGAGGCGAUCGAGUGGCGGGGGGGACUUCGGAAGGACGCCAAGGGGAAAGUCGUGCCGAUUGACAAGCUGUUUGUGGAGUGAGUGAGGUUGGUUUGUUUUGGAGGUCGUUUGAGUUGAUUUGGAUGAGGAGGUCGUCGUCUGUGGAGUGGAUUUCAGAGAGGUCGUUUGUGUUGGUCGUUGUCUGAAGUGAGGGGGGAGGGGGGGAGGGUCGUUUCGAGAAGUCGUUUGGUUGUUUCGUUGUUUGUGGCGUGAGGAGAAGUUGUUUGUGGCGUGAGGAGAAGUUGUUUGUUUGUUGGAGGGAAAAAAAUGGUCGUUUGCUAGUAUGAAGAGAAAUCAGAUAUUAAUAGUAAUAAUAUCAUUAAAUGUUAUUGGUAUUAAUAUUAAUUACUAUUAAUAUUAAUUAUAUCAAUUAUUAUUGUUAAUAUUGAUAAUAUGUUUUGGAGUGAAGAGAAAAAAGUUGCUGACUUUGGAUUGGAAUAUUUAAAAAGUUUCAGUCAUUGUUGGUGAAGCUAUAUCUAAAUAUUUCGGUAGAUAUUUUAUGAAGUGAAAAUAAAUCUUUUUGUAGAUAAAUUGAGCCAGUUGACGUAGAGAAAUAAGCUGAAUGACUGUGAGUGUGUGUUACAGAGAUGCCCUUAGUAUCUUCCUGUAAAAUAUUCCUUUGUGUAUUGUAAAAUAGUGUAUUUUUACUCCCUUUUUUAAAUGUGCCUUCCUCCUCUGAGCUGUUCAAAGGCACACAAUAGUUGAGAACUAGUCAGUAGAACUUUUUUUUUUAAUGACCUGUUAUCCGUUAUUUCAUUCGAAAGACAUGGUAUAUCUAUAAUUUUUUCCCAGGUAUUGAUAUUCUGAUGUACAGUCACGGUCAAAAACUAUUUGUCAAAUAUUUAGCAUUCCGACUCCAUGCUUCAUUUGCGACACAACUUUUGUCCGUGACUGUACGUUGGGGAAAUCUUAGUACUUUCUUUGUUACGCUUAGCAGUAGUUAUAAAAUGCUAUUCUUUAACAUGGAAAAGUUAAGAAUCUGUAGAUCUUUCUGCCUUAUCGAGACUACUGGGAUCUUAGUGUCCAUUCCUAUUCAUUCCAAGUUAGUACUUUGCAUACCCAAGUGUUAAGUUAUUUUUGCAGUCCACUCCGAGAGUCUCCACUUGGAGAGGAAUUAAUAUUUACUUGAUAUUUAAUUUUCAAGUGUCGUUUAUUUUUAGUACUUGUAAAUCCUUGCUCGGUGAUUUUUUGUAGAGCAGUUUUAGGCAAAAUGUCUAGCACCUUGUCACAGGAAAAAAAGAUGUGUAAAUAGAUCAAUAAAUGUGUAAAAUAGGAAUAGAAAUAUAUAGAUAAAAAUGAGGAGACGGAUAGAUAGAUAAUGAACAAAACGAAAAUGGAAUUUUUUUUUUUUUCGACAAAAGCAAGACAUUUUUUAUGACAAAUUGUUCGCCAAAAUACGCUUUUUCGAUCUCCUGUAACCGGCGUGUUAGAGUAUGAAAUAUAAUGUAGAUAUGUAACUAAUGAUUUAGCAAAAAAAAAAAAAAAUGAAGAGUCUCUGUAUUUUUACAUGUGAUAUAUAAUUCACCCAUGAUUUUUUAUACACAACCUCUUUCGGUUAGCUAAUAGUUCUUUUCAAUUGUCUUUCAAUUUUGUGAUUUUAGCUUCGGCAUGCUAUAGUAUUUUUGUAGCUGUAUGUAAUCAUAUUUUUUACUGGUAAUGUGAUAGAGAAUUAAUGAAUGGAUGUGACUGUUUUACAUAGUUUAUUGAUAAAUAAAAAUGAAAAAGUU